AGCUGUGACCGUCGCGAUGUUGCUGCUUGCCGUGAACUUCUGUUGCUACCUGCUGGCUGUUGCUCAGACCAGCGGAAACGGCACCAACCCAGAGGGCCUACCUCGGUGGAAGACGGUGAACGUGACCGAAGGGGUGCUGAGAGGUCGGCUAGAGCAGUCCCGGGCGCCGCACGGCAAGCACUACUACAGCUUCCAAGGCAUACCGUACGCCAAACCACCCGUGGGGGAUUUGAGGUUCAAGGCACCGCGGAGCCCAGAGCCUUGGGACGGAGUGCGAGAUGCCUCCCGAGUAGGCCCUGUCUGCGUCCAGCCCAGCAGAGCCGGCGUGACGGGCUCCGAGGACUGCCUGUUCCUCAACGUGUACGUGCCUGCACGCCCAGAGGAGUUUGACAACGCCUCUCUCUCCGUGAUGGUGUUCGUGCACGCCGGAGGCCUGAUCCGGGGCUCUGGGAACGCGGACAUCUACGGGCCGGACUACUUCACGGACAACGGGGUGGUGCUGGUGACGCUCAACUACAGGCUGGCAGCUCUAGGUUUCCUGAGCCUGGACAGCGACCAGGUGUCGGGCAACAACAGUCUCAAGGACCUGGUGGCAGCGCUGCAGUGGGCGCGGCGCAACAUGGCGGCCUUCGACGCCAACCCCUGGGACAUCACCGUGGCCGGCCAGGGCUCAGGCGCCUGGUGCGUCGAAUACCUCAUGAUGUUACCGUGUCUGAAGGUCUGCUGAACAAGGCCGUAGCGCAGAGUGGCUCGGUGCUGAACCAGGGAGCCUACGUGGACAGCACCGAGCGCAGGGCGUUCAGGCUGGGCGAGAUGCUGGGGCUGAAGACAGACAACUCCACGCAGCUCCUGCGGCUCCUGAGGAACGUGUCCGCCGAGGACAUCGUGCGCCACCAACAGGACGUGCUCACACCGGAGGAGAUAGAUGACCCUGGAACAGUUGCAUUUGCGCCAACCACUGAGUUCCGAGGUCAAGACUGAGGCCAGGCGUUCCUGGUUCGCUCUCCGCGCGAGGUCCUGGACAGCGGCAGGUUUCACCAGAUCCCCUACGUCACCGGCGUCAACAGCGAAUAGAAGAAGCUGGCGGGUCGUGAGUUCCCUGUCUGCUACUUGUGUUUGUUGCUAGCCCUCCCUCACGUCUUCCACUGUCCCUCCCACUCCAACGUUUACUCUCCCCCUCUUCCCCUAUUCCCAACUCCUCCUUAACUCCUCCCCUUACCAUACCAUUUCUACCUCUCCUCUCUCUCUCUCCUUUUCCCCUUACCUCUAUCUUUCUCCUCCUCUGCUUGUCUCCCCUACUCAACUCCCCCUUCCAAACUUUAUCUUUACCCAUACUCCCCCUUCACCCUUACCCCAUCUUAUCCUUCACCCGUCACAUCAUUCAUAUCCUCUCUCCUUCUCCUCCAUACUUUCGUAUUCUCCCCUUUCAUUCUCUCCAACCUCUCCUCUCCCUCUCUUCCCCUGUUCAACCAAACUCAUCCUUAACUUUCACCCUUACCAUACCAUCUCUACCUCUCCUCUCUCUCUCUCUCCUUUCCUCAUUACCUCUUUCUUUCACCCCUCUGCUUAUCCCUCACACUUUUUCUCCUCCCAUGCUUGUCCCUCUUCUUCUUUCCCCUUCUCUAUUCCCCCAAUCAAACUUUAUAUUUUCCCAUACUCCCUCUUCAAACUAUCCCCUCUUCACCUUCACCUCUCUCAUCAUUCAUAUCCUCUGCCCUUCUCCUACUCUAUCCCUUCAUAUUCUUCCCUUUCAUCCUCUCCAACCAAACCUUCACCAUCUCACCACAUUCACCACAAAAUCAUCAAUUGCUGUCACUAGCCUGUGACCUGGGUACUUAGAACAUUUUAAAGUUUGGUCUGUCUCUAUGUUACACACCCUUUAAAAUAAUAAACAUUGAGGAAUUUUCAAAGAGCCCUUUAAGAAUGUGGAAGGCUUCGGAAGAACACGGAUAUGACCGAUGUUAAUGUGCACAACACCUGCACGUGCCCACUCCAUGAUCGCCACUAACGAGCGAAGACGCUGCCACGUGGCCGAGCCGCCUUGAGCCUCGAGGUUGUGGCGAGAGGUUGGCCCUCUCUCUGAGACGAGGGACCCGCCACGUGGCCCAGGUGUGGUGCUGAACGCGGCGGCCCUGGGGAUCCUGCUCGAGGACAUGGAGAGGUUCGUGCCUCGGGACCUGAACCUCAGCCGCGGCUCCAACGAGUCGCUGGAGGCGGCAGCCCUCAUCAGGGAGUUCUACUUCGGCAACGGCUCCCUACAGAACGUGACCGAGCAGCGAUAUGUGGAC